AUGGCGCGCGAUUUUUUGGGAAGCGCGUUGAAGCUGAUUCUGCAACAGCGCGAUAUCUUUACAGGGCCGACGCUGGAAGCUAGAUUGUUGGAAACGACCCAUUCACUGAAAAUGUUUGCCAAACAACAUGGUCACCCACUACGCUGCAAAAAGUUCACCAAGGGCAAGUUGUGCUGGAAGUCUCGGAAAUACCCAUCACUGGGUCUUUCAGGAUACGAUGCCUAUGUGAUUGCUUUAUGGCUGGAGGAUGUGCUGUCUGGACAUCACCAAAAAUACCCGGAGAUAUCUUCCAUGUUGUGGCUGAGCAACAGAGCCGUAUCUUUGAUGUACAGUCAAGAGAGUUGGUUUUUGAGUCAGCAAGAGAAGGACACUUUGGAAGUCCUUGGCUUUGCGUUUUUGAAAAUUUACAUGUCCAUGGCUGUGACUGCCUUGCAGCAGCACAAGCUGUGGAAGGUACGUCCGAAGGUCCACCUAUUAUGUCAUGUGUUCAGGUCGUUUCGCUCUUGCAACCCUGCUCGAUACAGCACGUGGUUAGACGAAGAUUUCCUACGUAAAAGUGGGAAAACCUUAGGUCUUACUGAUAGCCGUGGGUCUCACCUGAGGUUCCUUCAACGUUGGCUUAUGGCUCUUCCGGGCCACUUCAAAAAAAAAUUGGGGGUACAGACUCAAAGCUAG